UCCAUGUUUUUUCUUUGUUAUUUGUUCUAUACUUCUAUUUUGUUCUUGAAUGUUGAUGCUUGUUAAUGGGUGAAUCAAUGAGUUGAUUAUUUAAAUUCAAAACUGCAAUUUAUAAUUGUUGAUUAUCCCUAAUUUUGAUUUCCCAAACCCUAAUUUAGAAUUGUUAAUUUCAGAAUUUUGAUUCUACUGUUGUAUAAGUUGAUCAAGUCCAAUGUAAUAACUUGGAUAACGAGAAUGUAAGGAUUUCUUAGGAUUAUUACUUCAAGAGGCUCAAAUUUUGGUAAAUAGUCUAAAACAAGUUAAAUACUUUCAUGAAUGUGUGAAUAAAUUAGAAACUUUGCUGAUUGUUUGAUAUAGCAAUAUAGCAUAAUUGUUAUAACCACUUUGUAGUAUUUUUUGGGCAUGUUGGUGUGUUUGUGUGAACUUUGAUGCUUUUUAUUUGGCUAAGUUGUUAUAGCAGUAUUUUUCAGCUUGUCAUGUAGAUGUUAUUUAUUUAUUUAUUUAUUUAUUUUUUUGGGGGGGGGGGGGGGGGGGGUGUUUCCUGUCAUGUAGCUCUGUCAUUUUUUAGCUGCGUGAAUAAGUUAGAAAAAUUACACAUUUUAGCAUAACACUGUUUAUACGUGGUUGUAAAGAAUUAAGUCAACAUACUACAAUAAUAAGCACUAUGUCACAUUUGAAUUUGCGAUUAAAUUUUUGCUUAGGUUCUAAGAAAUUUCUGGCUCCGCCACUGGUUUCAAACACCAUAUGUUGUUAUUCAUAAAAUUUAUUGUCUUCCUUUAAUUUGUUAGGAGAUCUCUUCUUUCUCAAACUCGUACAAUUGUUACUACCAUAAUCUUUAUUCUAUCAAUGGUGCUUUUAUUUUUUAUCUCAUUCCCACUAAUUAAAUGACGGAGAAGGAGAUUUCGGUGUUUGAUGGCAUUAACAACGAUGCCUAUUGGUGGGUCCUUUGUAACGAUAGAUAUUUCGCCACAAAUGGUACAUCUGGAUGGAAAAAGUUGAUAGAGGCAGUUCCGACAUUGUGCGGUUGUGCUCAUCAAUGGUGGUAUCAUCGCCAUCCACAUGCAAGUUGGGAAUUCUUUAGUGACGCCCUUAUAUGGCAUUUUUAUCUGGACUUUCAUGAAGUUUUGCCUCAUCCAGAUGAGGGGAAGGUUCAUCUCAAACCACUGUCCUUGUUACCGGUGUUGGUGGUCGCACAGAUUCAAGAUUUUUUUUUCAGAUUCAAGAAGUUGAGGACUGAUAUGUGUAAUCUGUCCCAAAUUGAAUGUUUAAUUUAUGUACAAUGAAAUUAAAAUGAAUUGAAUAAUUAUAUGGCACUUGGAUCAGAGGGUUAAGAUUUUGAGGUUGGAAAGGGAAGAUAUUGAAGAAGGAAUAGAGCCAGAGAAGCUACAUAUUGAACGUUAGAGGGAGUUUUUGCAUGAAUUGGAUGUCCAUUGAAGAAGAGGGAGUGAGCAAAUGAGAAGAAGAAGAUGUAGCAGGGUAUGUGCUGCUGCUGGAGGAUGAAGAUUGUUGUAAUUUUUAAUUUUUAUUUUUGGGAAAUUAAAAAAAUAUGGAAAGACAAUAAGAAGUUAUCAUAUGUUUGUGUCUCCAUUGUAUACUAUGUGUAUUUUUUAAAUCCAGCUAUUGAUCACAAAUCCUAAAUGACAAGUGGAAAGUGGAAAGUGUUUAACAGAUUUUCUAAAAAAUUAACGGAGAGGACUAAAACGAUUGACGGAAGUAAAGAUAAGGGACUAAAUUGAGACACUUUAUAAUUAGGGAAUUAAAAUGAAAUCCAAAAAUAAGUUAAAGGACCAAAACAUGUAUUAUGCCUUAAAGUUAUGAUCAAUAAAACAAGAGUCAUGUUAACUUGUGCUCUUAAAACACAAGCUAAAGAACUUAAAAUGGAAAUUCAAAAUAGAUUUUAUAUUUAAAA